GUGUGUAUGCAACAUAGACUGUAGCGGGUACAGUUUUAACCCUGUCUGUGCAUCUGACGGAAGUUCCUACAACAACCCCUGCUUUGUUCGAGAAGCGUCUUGUCUGAGACAGGAACAGAUCGAUAUCAGACACCUUGGACAUUGCUCAGAAUCCGAUGACACAGGCUCAUUGGGGAAGAAAGAUGAAGGCCUGCAGUAUCGGCCAGAUGUGAAAGAUGCAAGUGAUCAGAGAGAGGACAUCUAUAUUGGAAACCACAUUCCUUGUUCAGAAACCUUCAAUGGCUAUUGCAUCCAUGGGAAAUGUGAAUUCACUUAUUCUACACAGAAAGCUUCCUGCCGUGCCAUUAUUGUUGCCAUUGUAAUGUGCAUAACCCGGAAAUGCCCCAAAAACAACAGGGGACGGCGGCAGAAGCAAAAUUUAGGCCACUUCACUUCAGAUACAUCAUCCAGAAUGGUUUAGCAUAAUUUUUAUACCCAUAUUGACCAUGUGAUGUACAUUUUAAUUAUCUUUUUUUAAAAGAAUGGAAAUAUUUAUUUCAGAGGCCUUAUUUUUGGACUUUUUUGGGGUGUGGCUGUGCUUUUGUUUUAUUCCGGAAGCAACUGAAACUGUGGACAGCUCAAGUAAUUUCUCAUUUUACAAUUUGGAGAAUACAGUAAUUUGAUUUUCUGAUACUCGUAUCACAUGGUUAUAACAGACUUGUGGUUUACUCAUGGAAUGUAACCGUUUUUGGAAGAACAGAGACGUUCCAUCAGUGGUUUGUGGAAGAAACGAGUGGGGGGGGGGGGGGUCACGUUUCCUAGAGAACUGGGCCCGACCGAAGGGGUCAAAAUGUUUACAGCCUACUUUUCUUACAAGGAACUAGAAGACACUGUGCUUAAAUGACGUAGAUAUUUAAAUGUUUUUGGAAGUUAGUAAAUGAUUUUUUUAGAUGCUGCCAGUUGCAUGAAUUGUGAAGAUGUGUACUUGUAUGUAGUUGUAACAUAUUUAUAACAUGUACGGACUGGGUCAGAUUACCACUGUCUUCAUAAAUAUUUGACACUUUAUUUUUAAAUUGUAAAGAAAAUUGAUGAUAAUAUACGUUUCGUAAUUGGAAAAAAAUAGCCCAGUAAAGCAGAGGCCAUUUGUGCUACAGAAACAGGUCUUGGUUAGACUUGUGCGUUGUUUUUUAAGAACAUGUUCUGUUGAAAAAUCAGACUGAUGUCACUGGGGUCCAGCCUGCAUUGAUCUCUGUUUAAACUGCUUUCAUACUUACUACAGUUUUCUAAAGAGGUACCUGUUUUCACAUCAGCAAAUACAAAUUGUAUAGUCUUUGUGAUUAAAAUGCAAAACAAAACAAAACAAAAAAAAGAAAAAUGAUUAAAUGGCAUUGAAGAUUUGCGCUCUUGUCUAGACUAUUUUCAAGAGCUAGGACUGCGUCUCAUCCAAAUACGAGUCUUCUAGUUGUAGGUAUUAUAUUAAUAGAAUGUUAGUAGUUGUUUGGAUGAUACAGAGCUAAAAUGUAACUAGGGUGUGUU